GAGAGUGUUUGUGGAAACAUGGCGAGCAUGUAUACAAUUACCAAAUUUGCAUGUUGUGAUAAUUCUCUUUUACCUGGAAGAAUACCAAAUUCAUAAUAAGGAUGCAGGCGUACUCUUUGGAUGAGACCCUUCCUUCUAACGAGUUGAGUCGAGUUCAUGUACCUGGGAUGGAUCAGGAUCAUGAUGACACGGCAGAGUUUUAUCGUUACUACACUCCUCCUUCCUACAAUACCCAAGUCUCCACAGACUGCAUAUUCGAUGUACCGGAGGCAGAGGAAACCCUCAAACUAUUUCGAAAACCUUUCAAAAUUGUAAAUCCUGGAAACCACAUCACAAAACGAACUCCUGAGUAUUCCAGCAUUAGCUUCAUGCAUUGUCGGCACCUACAGGGUUUGGGAAAGCAGUACCUGAAUCUACGUGCCAUCAAGGAAGAAAGAUCCCGAUUAGAGUUCCUCCGAGACUGCUUGUUCAGAAUCAAAAGUGUCUCUGCAUUUGUACAGGACUUAGAACACUUGGUGCAGGCUGAGUACCGUACUUAUUACGCCAUCAUGAGGAAUUGUUUGAUGGAUGCGCCAUCCAGUAAGAUUUACUGUUUAAAUGCUCUAUGUGAGGAUCUCCGAACUCACGUGGGCCAUUGGAAUAACAUCAAACAAUGCUUACACAAUAAUCGAUGGCUACAGCCUAUACUUGGAAGACUUUACCUUGACCUAGAGUAUGUACGAAAGGUACUCUUUCAGCUUUACAGUGAUGCAAUCUACUGGAUGGAAAAGUUAAUUGUUAUUGGUUUACAGGUGUUUGCUCAUGGAAGCAUGGCAACACUAACACAGGAGAUUGUGUGGAACAUUGCGAGAGGUCUGGAGGACUUUAACAAUGUAGCUGCUGGUUUGUCCAAGAGUCGGUACAUGAACUCUUCUUAUUUUAUUCUUGAUCACAUUCAGUCAGAGAUGAUGAACCUGACAUGUAAGUCGGAUCCCCUUGUUACAAACCAUCCAGGACAUGUCUCCUUUUCUGUGAAAUCUAUUCCCUUUUCCAAAAUUCUCAACAUAAUAGCUGUUGAACGUGCUAAAUAUGCUGCCAUAGAAACCCACCGCUUUUUCACUGCAAAUGAAGACUUUGCUCGGAUCCUGUAUUCAGGAAAACUACCAAAUUAUGUUUGGAAUGAUGAAGUGCAGUACCCUGGUCACAUAUCCCACCACCUGGACACGUCAGACUACCACACCGCCAGUGGAAGCAUGACCUCUAUCAGUGGGGCUAUCCUCAAGGUCGGCUCGGUCCGAGCCCCCGAUCUCACUCCUUAUGAACCUCCACUAAAUGAGUUUGCUCGUCUAGAAAAUGAGUUUGCUGAAAACUUUUUACUCAUUGUGUGCAAUUCAACCAACCUACUCAGGAAAAGUGAAAGUCACUCCAAAAAUAAACAUAAAUCAAGUAAAUCUCCCAAGAGUCCCACCGCUAAGCCCCCCAAAGGACAGGACACACCUGUCCUGUCUCGCUCAGAUUCUAAGCGUAAGACUGUCUCCUGGGGUGAUAGUGCAGACAGCUCUAUACGUUCACAACUAACCAGUCGAUACAUGGACGUUUUAUGGAAAUUCUUUGGAUCAGCUUUAGAACAGUGUUUCUAUGAACCUGUUUGGGGUUGUCGUGGAAACCAGAUCAUAGGAGACCUCGGGAGUGUGGUUCUCAGUGGUGCUACCGUGGUAACCGUUAUCAGAAAUAUGAUGGAGCAUGUUUGUCUCAAAGAUAUGUUUCCAUCCAAUGCUGUACCCCCAGUUCUGGGCGUGGCUAGGAAACUCCACGCUCAAACCGCACUGCAGUCCUGGGAUAUAUUGAUGUGCGAGGCCCUGGGGUGUCAGAUGUCAGACAAAUGUUACCCGUGUUUACUCGCCAGCGGGGAUCACAGCACUAAGACUGGGAUGUUACUCAGAGACACAUAUCAGCCUCUAUUUAGUCUUCUUCAGGAAAACCUCAAAGAUAUCCAGGAGUCUGGGAAAGAUGGCAGUUUGUUGCUCCCUAAGCAGGAUUUGGACCUCCCCCAUGUGACAGGAAUUAUUUGUCGUCUGCUUACAAACUGUCAGGCAGCACAUAGUUGGUGUGUCCACAAAUCUCACAGCUUCCUGUCCUCAUGGGCUGUCGGCAACUUCCUUUUGGUCACCCAGACAGAUCUCAAGAUCUUAGCAGAUGAAACAAAGAAGGCCCUGCACAAUGCUCAUCUCUUCAGCUCCAAGAACCUCAGUAAAUCCCGCAUCAGUGACCAACAGAUGGGAGAGUACCUGUCAGAGGUCACCAAACAGAUGUCAGAGGUCAACUUACAGCUACAGUCCCUUUCUGGAGCUGCUAUGAAGGUUUUCUCUGAAAACUGUGGUAAGCUGUCAGCUGAUUACUUCAGCAGUGAGAUGCCACAGGGAAAAGCCUGGCGUAAAAAAGCAGACCUGCCAAAGGAGCAUAACCUGUACAUUGAGCAUGCUCUGGAGACGAUCCUGGAACCAGUCAUUGAUGGUGUCAGUAAACUUAAACAGACGGCACAACUAAGUGUCGUGUCACAAGCCGUCACGGCGUUCUGUGAGGCAUGGAAAAACAACAUCCUCAAAAAUAAAAUCAAAUUCAGCUAUGUUGGAGCUUAUCAGCUGGGUGUAGACAUCGGUUACAUGAGGUCAUGGCUAGGAGAGUACAUCACUAACCCGGAGGUCAGACAAAGUGUCCUUGACCUUAGUGUCUUUAAAUACCUGAGUGGAGCCGUUAUGAUCCUGAAGAAGCAGCCAUUCCGGAGGGGAGGAUCUAAAUUCCGUGAGCCCUGCUCUAUGGAAGACCUCAGUUGUAAUGGACAUGCUGACCUAGAGAGUGUGAAGGUCGAGAGAAACAUCUCUCGUUCUGUAGACACUGAUCUUCCACCUCCGGUUGACGAGUCAGACAUCGAGUUUGUGAACAACGUAGGUGAGUGGCUGUCUCUCCGAGUCCAGGGUGGAUCUCGAGCGUGGAAAUUGUCCUGUUUGAACUCCGUAGAGGCGGUCGACUAGAGAAGAGAAGAUGUGGAGGAUUCUCUACAGGAAGAUGAGCCUUGUUCUCAGACUAGAGAAAGAAGUGGAGGAUUUUAUAGAGGAAAUAUUCCAUGACAUGUGACUAGGAGCAGACAUUCCCUGUUUGGCAACACAACAUUGAAAUGUUUUAAUAAGAUAUUUAGUGUUGUGAAAAGAGGCCAUAUGCAUGAAGAAGAUAUACUGGUAUAUUAUAUCAUAGUACUUGAAGUAGUGCUGAAUUUUUAUUGAUUAAGUGCUAAAUUUUGUUAGACAUUUUAUGAAUUACUGUAAACCAACUUUUGUU